AUGUUUGCGUGGUGCGCUGCCCUGAGGGCGCAGCAGCACGACAUCGAUGGCCUGCAAGUGCGCGAGGAGGCCAAGGUGGGCGAAGGAGGCUUUUCCACCAUUUGGCGGGUUCGCUUGAUGGCGGAUCGUGGUCCAGCAGACGAAACCCUGCCCGCAGUCAUGGCGUUGAAAAAGACGAUUUGCCAGGAUGAAGAGCGGCUGGAUUUUGCGAUCAACGAGGUGGACAUUCUAAAGCGCGUAGCCCAGGUGCCUGGUGCGUGCCGAAAACUCCCCGGACUUGCUGUCUGCCAGGGCUCUGGAGCAGGACGUGAAUUUAUCGUGCAGUACUUUUCCCACAAGGCGAGCUUUGUUGAUGGCAAACUAAGCGUAAGCUCGUCGGAAAGACUGGAAGGGUGCCAGCUGCCUGCGAGGAAGUCCCCUGCCGCGGAAAUGGGCGGACUGGCGCAGAGGCGCUCCAUGCCAGUCCUCAGUUGA